ACACCGGAAGCAGGCGGCUGGUGUUACACAGAACUCUGUCCCCCCUGUGUGUUGGUGAAGUCAGUCGGUCAACAUGUCCAGUGCGGUUUGUGCCAGAUUCCUCCUCCAGAGAUCAACUCAGGGCUUUCUCUUCUCCUCCAGAGCUGCACCCGCUCUCUCAAGCCCAUUUCUGUGUCGUGCACAUAGACUGGGUCCCAGCGAUGAUGAAAUGUACCAGCGUACCUCGGUGUCCGUCAUGCAGAAGGAGCCGGGCACAGGGGCCAUGAUCCACAGCUACAGCUCCAGAGGAUUCAACAUCGACGGCAACAAAGUGUUCGGGCCCUGUGCUGUGCUGCCUCCUGCUAUCCUCCAGUGGAACGUUGGCAGUCAUAAAGACAUCACAGAAGAAAGUGUCUCACUUUUCCACAUGCUGGAACCAAGAAUAGAGAUUCUUGUGCUGGGCACAGGUGCACGUGUUGAACGAAUUAACCCCGCAGUCCUCGCUCUACUCAAGCGUAAAGGCAUCGCUGUGGAGGUGCAAGACACGCCAAAUGCAUGUGCAACCUUCAACUUCAUGAUCAGUGAGCGAAGAAUGGCGGCCGCUGCUCUGAUCCCUCCGCCCGUCAGCACGGCGCUGGAAGUGAGACAGGAAUAAAGGUGUUGCGAUGUCAACAGAAACCAGGACUGAUUUCUGCAGAUGGAGGUUAGAGGUAUAUGAAUGAUCCCAGGUCUGUGGGAUGUUUAUUCUGCUUCUGCACAAAGCUUCCAAAGGAACAAACUCAGUGACAUCCAGCUCUGAAGAAUCACUGUAUUUGGUUACAACUGUUAUUUUUUGGAAAUGAAGGUGUUAAAAACAGCGGCUGUCACCAUUACCAGGAGAUCUGAGCAGUGAGCUGGUUCUUGUAUAGAAAUACUGUGUUAUGUGUAUGUAAUAUAUGUAUUUAAAAGCUUUACAUGCGACUAACAAUAACUCAAUUGUCAUGAAUUUAAUGUGUUUUCGUGGAAUAUUUAUUAUUUUAAAAGAUGCUAUUGUCUGUGAAACAGAUACAAGGGAUACAGAUACAUAUGUAAAAAAAAAAAAAGUUCAAGUUCUUUGUGUAUGAAUCUGUCCCAGCGCUCUACCCGAGGUGUUGGUGGUGGCUGUCCUUCAUCUGGAUAAGCCUCUUUACUCUGUGCGUCUGUCGGCCUCCUGCAGCGCUGCCACCUACAAGCUGCCUGUGUGCAGCACAUGACAACAUUCAGUGGCUUUGUCCUUCUCACACAUAAGCUGCCAUAGAUAAGAGAAUCCACAAAUCCUCUACAUAUCACUGGGAUUCAUCUCUUAAUCAUCUGCCUCUGUGCCGCAUGCCCAGUGUCGGUCUGAAUGUUUAAAUCCCUGUCGUUCACAUGCGUGAUUACUUUCAUCUGCUGCUGCUACUGCUGAGAAAUUCAGUCACAAACUGGCUCCAGUUAAAUAUGUGCAGUUACUUAAGAGUUAAUUACGUUGUCAAGUUAAGAGGUAAAGUUGACAGGAAUGAAUAUGAAGCUGCCUUUACUAGAUACAGUAAUAAUUUAGUAAUGAUAAUAAUUUCAGUCAGUUUCAGCUGACA